ACUACAUAUUCUCAGAAGCUAUGGACUGCUUGAGGCAGCUUCUAGCAGAAGCGGCUUUUGGAAAAAGCUGCAGCGGGGACAAACUCUCCCAAACAGGCUCUAAAGUGGGGAAUCUGGGGAUUCUGGGAUCCAACCGGUGCAAAAAUAAGAGAAGAGGAGGAUAUACCCAACGAGGGAGAGGUUGAGGAGAGAUGCCGGAGCUGCCGGAGGUGGAGGUGGCGCGACGGGCGCUGGAGGAGCACUGCGUCGGGAAGAGGAUCGUGCGGUGCUCGGCUGCAGAUGACACCAAGGUCAUCGACGGCGUCGCCCCGCCGCGGCUGGAGGCAGCGCUUGUCGGGAGGACCAUCUCCGCUGCUCGCCGCAAGGGCAAGAAUCUGUGGCUUGCGCUUGAUUCUCCGCCCUUCCCUUCCUUCCAGUUCGGAAUGGCUGGAGCUAUUUACAUCAAGGGUGUGGAACUGAGCAAAUACAAAAGGUCUGCAGUGAGCCCGACUGAGGAAUGGCCUUUGAAGUAUUCCAAGCUGCUUGUUGUAAUGGAUGAUGGUUUGGAGUUUUCCUUCACUGAUAAGAGGCGUUUUGCAAAAAUUCGCUUUCUUGACAAUCCAGAAGCUGUCCCACCAAUUUCUGAGCUUGGACCAGAUGCCUUAUUUGAACCUCUUCAUCUUGAUGAUUUUGUAGAGUCACUAAGUAGGAAAAAAGCUCCAAUAAAAGCCCUUUUGCUUGAUCAGAGCUUUAUAUCAGGAAUUGGCAAUUGGAUUGCAGAUGAAGUGCUUUAUCAGGCAAGGAUUCAUCCAAUGCAAACAGCAUCGAUGAUUUCUAAGGAGAAAUGCAAGGCACUCCAUCAGUGCAUUAUAGAGGUGAUUGAAAAGUCCUUAGAAGUUGGUUGCAACAGCAGUCAGUAUCCAGAAAACUGGAUAUUUCACUCCAGGGAGAAGAAACCCGGCAAGGCCUUUGUGGAGGGGAAGAAAAUUGACUUCAUUACAGUUGGUGGCAGGACUUCAGCAUAUGUGCCAGAGUUGCAGAAGCUGGACGGGAUUGAUGCAACAGCAAGCAGAGCGAAAAUAAGCAAAGAACAGAGCAAAUCAAAUAAAGCUGCUCGUGAAGUGGACGAUGAUGAGGAAGAGGCUAAACCUGCCAAGAGGGGAAGGAAGCAAUUAGUGAAGGCAACCCAUGAGAUCCAAGAGGAUGAGGAAGAUACAAAAGAAUCAAAGAGAGGAAGGAAGCAACCAGCAAAGACAUCGAAGGGCUCGUGGAAGAAAGCUCAUCAUUCUUCUGAGGGUAGUGGUGACGACGACAGUGAUGAUGAAGCAGUUGAUAAGGUGGUCGCGGAACAAGGGAAGAGGAGGGAUCCAAAGCAACCAGCAGAGGCGAAAAGCUCGUCAGACAAAGGAGGAAGUGCUGCCCCAGCAAAGAGGCCACAGAGGAAGAAGCGGCAAUUAUAGACCCUUACGGCGGGUGGUGAACUGUCUGAAGUACCUUAGGGUGGUGUUUGGUUCGGAAGUGGUAACGUAAACUCUCAUGGUAUUGCCACCGGCCGUAACAGCUACCAUUGUAUCCGAUUACACGGUUAGUUUGGUUGCAGACGGUAACAUCAUUUGUUUACAUUACGGCGUUUGGUUGAGGGUUGCAGCCAAGGAACGGGAGGCCGAUCCACAGGACACGAUUCGAAAUUUGGAACAGAAACUUUUGGGAAGAUCAUUUGCUUGGAGAACUGCUUGCUUCCAGACAACUAUUGAUCAAAUAACUGAUUAAAUGAAGCUGGUAUACAAGUAUGCAAUUAAGCGCAUGGCAUAUGCUAUGAAACAUUCGCGGAAGAUACACUCCAGUACUAUAUCAAUAGCAGCUGACAUCAAAAGCUACAUAAAGAAGCUCAACAAAUUUCGGCAUGCAAAUAUUUGAAAGCAGCUAGUUAGAAGUCAUGAAAUUGUAUCUAAUAUCAGCCUAGCAUCAUAUCCUGGAAGAUCUCUGAACAAGAUCUUGUAGAUCUACUUCAGACUCGAGUAAAUAUUGGACACCAUGCAUCACAAAGCAGAGAAUUGGACGCAUCAUUAUAUUAACAUCUCAUCUUCAUGUAAUAAAGAAAAAAACAAACGUGAGUAAA